AUGCUUCUGGUGUUCACAUUGUUGGUGACUUCGAAGCAGUUCUUCGGCGAGCCCAUUCACUGCAUGAGCGAAACCGAGAAAGAUACCGACAAGGAUGCCAUCAACAGUUAUUGCUGGAUUUACGGAACUUACACCUUGAAAAGCCGCUUAAGUGGAAAGAAUAUGGCAUAUCCUGGAGUGGGACCCUUAAAACUUGAGGAUGAUGAAGAGAUCAAACAUACUUAUUACCAGUGGGUUUGCUUUGUACUUUUGGGGCAGGCGGUAAUGUUUUAUACCCCUCGCUACUUGUGGAAGAUCUGGGAAGGGGGACGGCUUAAGGUUUUGGCUUCAGACUUGCGCAGCCCUUUAGUGACGAAAGACUGGUCAGAGUUCCGGAAGGGCGAGCUGGUGUCGUACUUAAGCCAUACCAACAUUUACACUCACAACAUGUAUGCACUGCGAUAUGCCUUCUGUGAACUACUUAACCUUCUCAAUGUGGUUGGCCAGAUAUUCCUCCUAGACAUUUUCCUGGGCGGAGCUUUCAGAAACUAUGGCGCCGCAGUGGCUGCAUUCACACACACGCCGCGUUUACCCGCUAACAUGAUAGAUUUCGCCGCCGUCAACCCAAUGGACCAAUACUUCCCAAAACUAACUAAAUGUUGGCUUAGAAACUAUGGACCCAGUGGCUCCCUUCAACUCAAAGACCGCCUCUGUGUAUUACCCCUCAAUAUAGUCAAUGAGAAAAUAUUUGUUAUCCUGUGGUUCUGGCUAAUUUUCCUAGCUCUUAUAUCAUCAUUAGCAGUUCUUUUCCGGAUAUUUGUGUUGUGCUUUCCUCCACUUCGCACUGCACUUGUCAUGGCCCAGUUGAGGUAUGUUAAAAGAAGUAUUGUUUCAAGGAUCACAAGACGUUUUGGGUUUGGUGACUGGUUCAUCUUAUAUUUGCUUGGUUGCAACAUGAAUCCCAUAAUGUAUAGAGAGUUGAUCGUAGAGCUGUCAAAAGAAUUGGAUCAUAAAACUGUGAUGGUCUGA